AUGGGCUCCCAGGGAGAAGGUGUGCCUUACACCGAGCUGCUCCUAUGUCCGGGGAAAUGUAGCUUUUCUUCCGGAGAACAGUACAUGUGCACCAUGCUGCUUGGAAAGCCUGUGUAUUCCAGCAGUUUAUCAGGCAUGGUGAUAACCCCUGCAGAUGAUCAGCAUAACCUCUUUGUCAUAGCACCUUCAGAGGACACAGCCAAGGCACCACUCUCUGGGACUGUCACCAUGGGGACCCCCACCAAGGCAGCCGGGUCCCCACAGAUCACCAGCGCUCAGCCAGCUCUUCUGAGAUGGCUUUCCUGUCUCUCCACUAUCCCUAGAAGCUCCCUGGGCCCUCUACCUGAAGAUUCCUGCACCCCCAGCUUCCCCAAGUCCAUGUCUGUUCCAGAGAUGCCCUGUCCCCUCACACAGUGUCCUCCAGGGACCAUCCCAGCGAGAGGACUGGACAAUGCCAUGACCUCUGCCAUCUGUUGCUUGCUUGAAAGGGAUGCUCAGGCACCUCCAACUCUGGGAUUUCGAGUCCACAUGGUUUCUGGAAUGGCUGUUUGUCUGCUGAUGGAAUUUGGUGAUGGUUCUGGAGUUGAAAUGAGCCUCUAUAACAUGUCCACAACAACAGAGGUGACUGCCUAUCACCAGUACAGGAAAGAAGGGGUCUAUAUGCUCAGGGCUGUUAUUUACGAGUUUCAUGGAACCAAAGUGGAGCUUGGACCUUAUUAUGUGGAAACAGGCUGUGAGGCUGUGUCUGUGUUCAUGAAUUCCAGCAGUGUCCACCAGGAUGAAGUCCUUGUCUUUGCUGGCUCCCCCGCGAAGCAGAAAAGAACUGUUGUGAUACAUCAUAUCCCAUCCACCUCUUCAUAUAAUGUGUCCUUUGUUUCUCAAACCCUAGUGGGUGACUAUCAGACUUGGACCAGCAUGACUGUUUGGUACAAGAUGCAACCUGUCUCUAUUUACACAAACGGAACAGUGUUUGCUACAGAUGCAGACAUCAUCUUCAUGGCUGUUACUAAGGAAACCAUACCCCUAGAGUUUGCAUGGUAUUUUGGAGAUGAUCCACCAGUGAGGACAACUUCAAGAAGCAUUCGGAGAAGGCUCCACAUCCCCCAGUGGUAUCAUGUGAAGGUCAAGGCCUCCAGCAGGAUCAGCAGUGUAGUCUCCAAGCCCCACAUCAUCAGGGUGCAGAAGAAAAUUGUAGCCAACCGACUCAUGUCUACCACCUCAGCCCUAGUAAACACCAGCAUGGCCUUUGAGUGCAGAAUCAACUUUGGCACGGAUGUUGCCUUCCUGUGGAAUUUUGGGGAUGGCACUGUCAGCACGGGGAGUGGCUCCAAUAGCCACAUCUAUAGCAGGGAGGGAGAAUUUAUAGUGGAGGUCCUUGUCUUCAACAAUGUCAGCUCUGCCACCCUAAGAAAGCAGCUUUUCAUUGUGCGUGAACCCUGCCAGCCACCCCCAGUGAAGAACAUGGGACCUGGGCGGGUCCAGAUAUGGAGGUCUCAGCCCCUGAGAUUGGGAGUCACAUUUGAAGCUGCUGUCCUCUGUGACAUUUCUCAAGGUCUUUCUUACACCUGGAGCUUUAUGGACUCUGAUGGGUCCCCGGUCCUCCUCCCUGCUGCCAUCAAUGUCCACAGACAAACUAUCGUUCUCCCAAGCUACACGCUGGCAUGCGGGAACUACACUGCCAUCGCCAAGGUUCAGAUCCAGGGCAGUGUGGUGCACAGCAACUACUGCGUGGGUGUGGAAGUGCAAAGCAGGGCACCCGUCAGUGUGAUCUCGGAGGGCACACACCUCUUCAUCCCCAGGGCUACCUCAACCCCCAUCAUCCUCCAAGGAUCCCAGUCCUAUGACCCAGACUACCCGGGGGCUGCUCUCAGGUAUCAUUGGACCUGCACUGCUGCCAACUCACCUGGACAGCCCUGCUUUGACAAUUCCACUCCACACCAACUGGACCCUGGGGCUCCCACGAUUUCCUUCACAGCAAAAUGGCUUAGCGAAUGCUGUGACCAGUUUCUCGUGACACUGAUGGUUUCCAGCACUGGCAGGAAUUCUUCGAAGGCCGAGGUGUUCCUUUCCAUCAGUCUUGCUUUUGCCUUCAGAUUCAUCCACAUCUCCUGGGUCAAUUUUAAAGACAUCUAUGUCAAUUGGAAUGAAGAACUGUCUCUCCAAGCUCUGUGUGAAGACUGUGGAGAAAUACAAAAUCUCUCUUAUUCCUGGGAUCUUUUCUUAGUCAAUGCAACAGAAAAGAACAGGAUUGAAGUUCCCUUUUGUAGCACUGUGGGGCUGCUGGGUGCCUCAGCACUCGGAACGACUUUGAAGUCAUCAGAGUCAAAUCUUCUGACCACUGAGCCAAAUAUGACAGAUCCCAGUGGAUCACCCACGCUGUCUUCACGAGAGCCUUCACCCAUGAUCCAUGGUCGGCUUGCCCUUUUAGUCACUAGAAGCACCUCUACAGAGUCCACUGUGGGUGGCCACCAGAUUCCUGCUUCUGGUGACAACACAGCCCGGGAGGAUCCUUCUGAGGAUGAGUCACUGGGCCCAGAGCUGGGGUCCCUUGGUGAAGGAGCCUCAACUGUGAGCCCCUCUGAGAGAAGCUGGUCUCCACCCAGCUCCUCACCUGCCCUUGAUGGCAAGUACCUCCAUCUCUGCAGGUUGUCCCCCUUAUUUGGGCACCAGGGUUAUCUUGGGAAGGGUGCAUCUGAUUUUGAAGCCUAUUACAGUGAUAUCCAAGAAGCAAUGCCAUCUAGAGGAAGACAGAGAGGGAACUACACAGGCCUCCCAGGAUCAGGACUGAGUACGAGUGCUGAGGAAGAGAGCCCUGGUGAGGGGGACAACCUAGUGGGCCCCUUUCUCCUUGCCGGCAGAGCUGAGCCUGCCCUUGUGAUCGACUGGCCCAAGGCCCUGAUCAGCAGAGCUGUUUUCCAAGGCUACACCUCAUCGGGUAUCACAGAACCUAUUGUGACAAUAAAACCAUACUCACUGAGCAGUGGAGAGACAUAUGUUCUACAAGCAUCUGUGGCUUCAAAGCAAGACUUAAUAGGUAAAGCCCAGCUGUACUUGACAAUCAACCCAGCUCCACAGGACAUGGCCUGUCAUGUGCAACCCCACCAUGGUCUGGAGGCCCACACCAUCUUCAGUGUGUUCUGCAUGUCAGGAAAACCGGACUUUCAUUAUGAAUUUAGUUACCAGAUAGGAAACACCUCCAAACACACCCUGUACUAUGGGAGAGACACCCAGUAUUAUUUUGCAUUGCCAGCUGGUGAGCCCUCAGACAAUUACAAAGUCAUGGUUUCUACUGAGAUCACAGACAGCAAAGGCUCCAAGGCACUGGCGUGCUCUGUGGCGGUGACCGUGCUGCCCCGUUUCCAUGGGAAAGACUGCCUCAGCGAGGACCUAUAUAAUUCCAGUCUGAAAAACCUGUCCACCCUCCAGCUGAUGGGGAGUUACAUGGAAAUGAAGAACUAUGUCACCAUGAUCACUGGGAUCCUGAGUCGUUUGGUUAAGGAGAACAGAAAUGCAUCCUGUGGUCAAUGGUCACAAAUACAGGAUGCAUUGAUUUCUUCUGUGUGCAAAUUAGCUUUUGCAGAUCAGGAAGAAAUAAUUCAUUCUGUUCUUAUGUUGAGAAAUCUUAUAAGCUUCUCUAAUAAGUUAAGCUUUUUGAGUGCAAUGCACAUUCUCAAGUACACGCGGUCACUCCUUGCUCAAGGACAGCUCUUGGGAAGGUUUGUGGUUGACAGACAACUCAGGCUAGAACUUAUCCUUCUCAUCUCUGGAGUCUGGGAAGCCUCUGCACAGGAAAAAUUUAGAAAUGAGAACUAUCUACAAGAAGAAGGAAUGAAGAUUAUCUCAGAUGUAUUACUGGGCUAUCUUUCCUUGAGCCAUCAGAAUCAUCUCAUUGUGAAUGCUGGGCAGAUGGAGUUCCAGACCCUUCUUCAUCACAACCUUCGGCGCUCCAUCCAGAACCUGGGCUCUGUCCAGGUGUACUUACCUGGUGACCUGACAGGGCACAGUUCUGCUCAAGAGGGAAUGCAGAGCCUGUGCUACAUAAGCCAGCUCAUGUUCUUCAAGAAAAGCCCUUAUCCAGAAGCAGGAGCACCUGGGAAGGUUGACGAAGUCGUGGGGCUCACCCUCUACAGCUGCUCCAGCAGGAGACCCAUCCACAGAGGAAGGCUGAACACACCUGUAACUGUGGAGUUUGGGGAGGAAGACAGUCCAGAUAAUAAGAGAAAUAAAACAAAGUUUACAUUGCUUCGAGAAAAGGUGAAUUUCCAUCAGUUCACUGGGAUAUCCCAAAAACCCCAGGAGUCUCUACAGAUACGAAUCGAGUUUUCUAAGCCCAUUACCAGAGCGUUUCCUGUCAUGCUGCUAGUAAGAUUCUCCAAGAAACCUACUCCCUCUGAUUUUCUUGUGAAACGAAUCUACUCCUGGGAUGAGAAAAUUGUCCAAAUUUACAUACCUGCUGUUCCACAGAAAGGUGCCAAUGUGGGAUAUUUAUCCUUGUUAGACGCUGACUAUGACAGAAGACCUCCAAACAAAUACUUUGCUAAGGCAGUGAACUACACAGUACAUUUCCAGUGGAUCCAAUGCCUGUUUUGGGAUGAGAGAGAGUGGAAAUCUGAAAGUUUCUCUCCACAACCAGGAACUUCUCCAGAAAAAGUUAAUUGCAGCUAUGACCGCCUCACAGUGUUCUCUGUCUUGAGAAGAAAGCUGAAGGCUGGUUUUGAAGUGAGCGACAUAUCCAGUUUACAGCAUCACCCACAAAACCUACUUCCCAGUAUUUUUAUUGUGAUUUUUAUGAUUCUUUAUGGAUUUUUGGUUACUAAAAGCAGAUGUAUAGAUAAUCAUGAAAAAAAGAAAAUGGGAUACAUUUUUCUGCAAGAAUAUACCCCACCUGGCCACAAGUUGUAUGCUGUUGUCAUUGACACUGGCUUCAGGGCACCAGCUCGAUUUACCUCAAAGGUUUUCAUUGUUUUAUGUGGUGAAAAUGGACUUUCAGAAACCAAAGAGAUCUGCAGUCCUGAGAAGACCCUGUUUGAAAGGAAUUCCAGACACACGUUUAUCCUGAGUGCUCCUGCGCAGUUGGGCCCACUCCGGAAGAUCCGCCUCUGGCAUGACAGCCGUGGGCCUUCCCCGAGCUGGUUCAUUAGCCACGUGAUGGUGAAAGAGCUGCACUCAGGACAGAGCUGGUUCUUCCCUGCCCAGUGCUGGCUGGCUGCCGACCAAUGGGAUGGCCACGUGGAGCGAGAGCUCACCCGCCUGCGCCAUGGGUUGGGUUUCCAGAAACUGUUCUAUUCCAAGUUCACAGAGUACCUGGAAGAUUUCCAUGUCUGGCUCUCCGUGUACAGUCGGCCCUCCUCCAGUGGCUACCUACACACACAGCGGCUCACGGUGUCCUUCUGUCUGCUGUGUGUCUAUGCAUUCCUUGCAGUCCUGGUCACUGCAGGCGAACAUGAGCAGCUCCCUCUGGAUGUCGGCCCCACAGACAUCACUCUCCGAUCCUUUAGUCUGGGUUUCCUGUGCACCCUCCUGGCCUCCCCAGGGUCACAGCUCUUGGCACUGCUCUUCAGGCUCAGCAAGGAAGCGAUGGAGUAUCCCCGGACUGAGGCAUGCAGACUGCUAAGAGGAGUGCAGACAGAGGUCCCUCUGGAUCCUACUUCCUGUAGAGGUACCCAAGACACCCAGGAGCCAUGUAAGCAUUCUGUAUCAGCCAUUCCUUCUGGGAGUGAUGGGAGCAGAAGAAAGGCAGAAGGCAAUGACACAGCCUGCCCAUCCAUGGACUUGGAGGCCUGCAGGCCUGACCACCAGGGGACUUUGCAAAGGGAAAAGAGCCACCACUCCCCUCCUGGCUUACAAGCUCCAAAAGGUGGUUUUGAAGGGCUCAUGCCCCAGUGGUCAAGAGCUGGCAUGCCUUGGUCAAACUCUGCAGCAUGGGCCAUUUGUGGAUCAGCUUCCCUAGCCUGUGGACUGGGGACAGGACUCAUAGGCUACAGGUUUGUUAUGGCUCAGUGUAUGAGGUGGCUGCACCUGUUGUCCCUUUCCGUGGUCUGCUGCGUGUUUGUCACCCAGCCACUCAUGAUAUGCAUCAUGGCAUUGGGCUUUGCUUGGAAAAAAAAAGACGACAACCAAUUUUUUGCUGAGUCUUUAUAUGAAGCAACCAGGAAUCUGGACUUGGAAUUGGAAGAACGUUACAGAAGCCAUGUUCCCCUUUCUCACAGCUGCUGCAUUUCUGACUGUGCAAGGGAAGUUGAAAAAAAAUGCCAGACAAUCCCUGGAGGGCCUGAGAAGCACUGAUGACUGGUGGGACUGGUGUCUGACCACGCUCCUGGAUGGGCUGCACCUGGGAGGCCCCUCCGC